CGUUUGGGUGCGUGGGGGGUUCAUCCUCUUUUUCCAUCUCAAAAUCCAGUUCUUUAUUAAUCAUCACAUGUCUUCUGAAGUCUUCUCCCACUCUCCUCUCCUUAUCUUGCCUCUUUCCGCUAGCCCCGUUAAAUCUGCCGUUAGGGUUAGAUUCUACGGUCAUCCCCUCAGCCUCCAGCUCCGUCACUCCUCCGUUAGAUCUCGCCGCCGUCGGGCGUCCGUCAUGGCGUUGAUGUUACCGGAGAGCCCACUGGUUCGUGAUGCAUGCGCCGCCGUCGUUACAGCUGGAGUGGCGUUAGGGCUGCUGAGAUUUUGGGAGGAAUUGGCCAAAAGACGAGUUUUUGAGCAGAAAUUGAAUAGGAAGCUUGUACAUAUCAGCAUCGGAUUGGCAUUCAUGCUAUUUUGGCCUCUAUUCAGUGCAGGAAGUCAGGCACCAUUUCUUGCAGCAGUAGCUCCUGGUGUAAAUAUAAUUAGGAUGCUCUUGAUGGGACUCGGAAUAUUGAGAAAUGAAGCUAUGGUCAAGUCAAUAAGUAGAUAUGGUGACUAUAGGGAACUUUUGAAGGGACCAUUGUACUACGCUUGCACUAUAACUUUGGCAACAUCAGUUUUUUGGCGAACAUCCCCCAUAGGAAUUGCUGCAAUCUGUAAUUUAUGUGCUGGAGAUGGUCUUGCUGAUAUAGUAGGAAGGAGACUAGGGAAAAAUAUGCUUCCCUACAACAUUGACAAAUCUAUAGAGGGUAGCGUCGCUAUGGCAACUGCAGGUUUCAUAGCAUCGAUUUUGUACAUGCAUUACUUCUCGACAUUUGGAUACAUUGAGGAGAGCUGGGGAAUGAGCAUACGCUUCCUUUUAGUGUCAAUUGCUGCAGCGUUUGUUGAAUCAUUGCCCAUAAGUUCAGAACUGGAUGACAAUUUGACUGUACCAUUGACAUCUCUUUUAGUUGGUGCCUUUAUUUUCUAGUGCUGUUAUCUUAUAUUGUAACGCGAUGUUGUAUCUUAUCAGGAGAAAUUGUUUAGAGUAGAUUGUGUUCUGUUAGUGUCACAUUAUCAUGUUUCUUGGAGACCCUUGUUUUAUGUGCAUUAUAGAUGAUAUGUUUCGUAAUCAAAUUACUUCUUGGAAUGCCAAAUUGCCUAUGGUUUGA